AUGCAAAUAUCACCCUCAAUGGCGCAAUCGUCUGGAUGGACUCAAAUCGACGGCUCAUUCUGGAUCAACGCGUUUGUCCGUGGCUCAAAUGGUCACGAUUACUACAUUGCAUCUCAUUUGAUGAGUUACGCUUCCGAUAUCGAGGGAUCUAAGCCAUUGUACAGAGCCUCAGUGCUUGAUCUGACCCAUCCCGCGACUUUCGACAAAUAUGAUCGAAUCGCUCCGGAAAACACUACUUUUUGGACUGGCGAUGGCGAUUUCCGGGCCAACUUUGAAGAUUAUGGAAUGGAAUCCAUCGAUAAGAACCCACUACGCGGGCUUCAUACAUAUAGUUCCGCGGAGAACGUCGACUUUGACUUUGACUUCUUUUUCACAUCUCCCAUAUUGCUCAACGCAGCUCUCGGAUCCUACCAAGUUGGUGGCGGACUUGGCUGGGAGUGGUCAGUUCCCCGAGGACGCACCGAAGGCUCCUUUAAAGUCGACGGUGAAAAGGUUGACAUCGUCCCCGAAAAGUCCUUUACGUGGUAUGAUAGGCAAUUCGGCUCACUUCAGGACUCUUUCGAUUGGAUUAUGCUUCACUUCGACGAAUCAGACUGGUUGGAUAUCUCGCUUAUGUGCGCUUGGAAGUGGGAGGACCGCGUGGAUGGCCAGAAGAUGUUUGCUACGGUUAGAAAUUCGCUGAACGGUCGAGACUCUGUGGUUCCUAUAAACCUGACAGCAUCGACUACGGAUGUCUGGAUUUCACCGGAUACAGGGCUGGAGUAUCCGCAGGUAUGGAUCAUUCAGUGCGAGGAUACGAAACUCCUCGUUACGAGCCCUAGACCUGAUCAGGUUAUUGAGGCUGAUGAUGAUACCGGGUUUCCAUCGCAGUUUAGUGGUUAUGUCGAUGUGGUGGCUACAAAGUCGGGAUCCAUCCAGUCAGAGGAUCUGGCGCAGUUGAUCGCAUGA